AUGCCAAAUUAUUNAUAAUUAAAUUAAAAGAAUCAAGAAAUUAAUCAGUUAUCAUCAGAGCAUAAAUCUUUAUAAUAACUAUUAAGGGAUUAACCUAAACUAAUAACUCCAUAAUUUUAUUUGGAAGUUUGUAAAUUGAUAGAAGAAAAAUCUAAAAUGAAAAUAUUAUGUUCUUUUCUUAUUUACUUGGGAACAAGAGAUGGCAUGAAUCAUACUAAAUGUUGGAGUAAAAUUAAUGGAAAGUAUAAUUUACUCAUUAUUUAUAAAUCCAAAAGUGGAAAUAUUUUUGGUGCUUACACUCCCUGUUAAUGGUUAGAGAAAUAAAAUGGUUAUGUAUCAGAUGACACAUUAUCAUCUUUCCUAUUUUCAUAGACUCAUAAUCAGUUUUUCCCUUUAAAAGAAGCCAAUAAAGCAAAUGCAAUAUAUAGACACUAAUCUUAUGGGCCAUCAUUUGGUAAUGGAUAUGAUAUCCACAUUGGAUCCGAUUUUACAAGUGGCUCCUCUGCUUUAGGAACUGCUUAUUAAAUUGAUUAAUACUAAAUAUAAAAUACAAGCACUCAUUUAUUUGGGUAGGCAACACCUGACUUAGAAGAAUGUGAAAUAUUAGAGCUUAUAUUAAAAUGA